AGAUCAACAUUUUAUUUUGGUAGUGGUGGUGACAGGGGUUCCCAUUACUAUAUAAGCACCAUCACUUCACUCAUGUUUUAUAUCAAGCAAAAAGUGUCUCCUGAUUUGAGUGCAUGAAAGACUAGAGUUAUGGCUCGUCAGACUGAAGUGGUUUUGCUUCUUAUUCUCGCCCUUGCAGCAGCAGCUUCUGCUGAUGUGGAGAAUCCUCUUUCAGAGGGUUAUUUUGAUCAGCUUGUACAAGAAGCCAUGAAGCAAACUGGAGUGAUGCCAUGCCUGGGAUGCUGUCCAUUGGGCUGGGUGAAAUAUAAUGGAUAUUGCUACAGUUAUCACAGCUCAAACAUGGACUGGGCUUCUGCUGAGAAACACUGUCUGAAAUUAAACUCAAACUUGAUGUCAGUGCACAGUCAGAACGACUAUCUGAUGGCCAAGGCCCUUAUCCGUGCAUUUGACCCCGUGGAGCCCCCAACUUGGAUUGGCCUGUCUAACUGUCAGAAGAGGAAUGAGUGGUUUUGGUCUGAUGGCACCAAAGUGACGUUCACCAAGUGGAAUCCAAAUGAGCCAAAUUUUCGAAACGGAGAGUGCUGUGUGCAUAUGAACUGGGGCACGCAGCGGGACUGGAAUGACAUUCCAUGUGAUCAGAAGUUUCCUUUUCUGUGUGCCAAGAAAUUAACUGAAACUCUGACCUCAUCUGUAAUGUGAUGUAAAAAAAUACAUUUCCUUGUCCUAAGAUGGCACAAAUACAUUUGUGAAAACACACUGUAAAAUCUUAAGGAAAUUUGAGCAAUACGGAUAAUAAAAAAUAAAUAAUAAUUAAAAUAAGAUCUUAAAUGUCUUUAUGAAAUUAUUUCAUAUACAGUACAGUUAUCAUCUCUGGUAUUAGCAUUUCAGAUACAAUAAUGCCAACAUGAUAUUAUGGUAGGAGUAGUCUAUAAUGUCACCAUAAUAGAAUGUUACAUCACUGAGUUGGAGGAUUUAUUAGUAGCUAGUAUAUUCUACUGCAAUGUCUAAAAUUGGCAAUAUUUUAUUAAAAUUGUUACAUAGGUGAUAAUUAAUAUAAAGGAAUACACAGUGAAAACGAGUAUCGAAUGUCCAAGGCCCUUAUCCGUACUCAUGACUCCGCGGAGAAUCCAACAUGGAUCGGCCUUUCUAGCUGUCAGAAGAAAAAUAAGUGGUUUUGGUCCGAUGGCACCAAAUUGAUUUACACCAAGUGGAACCCAAGAGAACCAAAUCAUCUCCUUGGAGAGUGUUGUGUGCAUAUGAACUACGGCA